AUGGCAGCGAUUCCUUAUCGGGAUCACGUUCAAAGGCCUUCUACUGUGGCGCCGCCCGAUUCUGGCGAAGAUAGCUCGCCGUUUAUCAAUCCGCGUCGCAAAUACAGACGUCGAGGUACUGGUUCCGUUUCCGAAAGCAGGACCGCCAGCUCAGGUGAUGAGGCAGGGUCAUCCAUGUCCGAACCCGAAGCACACGAACUGGGAGCUUUCGACUCCGAUCUGGAACCGGACGACGAUGAAGAAACUGGAUUAAACAAAGGGGAACGGAGGAAGUAUCUCGGGAAAAAGAGGAGGCGUGAUGGCCUGGACUCGCGGAUUGCAGGCAUCGCAGGAACGGCGACUAUCUCCAAGGACGAAGUCAACGAUGCAGACAGGACGGUUCUCCGCCGGCUACUGGUCAAUGGCGGACUUAUUCUCAUGUGGUAUUUCUUUUCUCUGGCCAUAUCUAUCUACAACAAGAUGAUGUUCUCCUCCGACCACAUCGACUUCCCAUUCCCACUAUUUGCGACCUCUCUACACAUGUUUGUCCAAUUUGGCCUUGCAUCGGCCGUACUCCUCGUCUUUCCUUCAUUACGGCCAUCUGUGCCGCAUUUGAAAACGGCACGAGACGACUCUCAGCCACAAAAGCCCCUGCUUACGCCACUAUUCUAUCUCACCCGUCUGGUCCCUACUGGAACGGCAACUUCUCUUGACAUUGGCCUAGGCAACGCCUCGCUCCGAUUCAUUACCCUUACCUUCUACACCAUGUGUAAAUCCUCGGUGCUGAUUUUCGUCCUCAUGUUUGCCUUUCUGUUUCGCUUGGAAACGCCUUCGGUCAAACUCAUUCUGAUCAUCUUCACCAUGGCGCUUGGUGUUCUCAUGAUGGUUGCAGGCGAGACCGCAUUCAAUGCGCUUGGAUUCGCCCUCGCAAUCUCGGCGUCUUUCUUUUCCGGCUUCAGAUGGGCAUUAACUCAGAUCCUACUAUUACGCCAUCCAGCAACUUCAAACCCUUUUGCAACCCUCUUCUUCCUGGCACCUAUCAUGUUCGUUUCCCUGACGGUCAUUGCUUGUUUGUCCGAGACUCCUGCAGCGGUCGUCACGGGCAUUCAAAUGCUGAUCAGCUCGCAAGGAUUGCUCAAGGCAAUGCUUCUCCUGUUCGUCCCCGGUUUCCUCGCCUUUUGUAUGAUUGCGAGUGAGUUUACACUACUUCAGCGAACGAGCGUGGUCACACUCAGUAUCUGUGGUAUCUUCAAGGAAGUGGUCACUAUCAGUGCUGCUGGAAUCGUGUUCCAUGAUGAACUGUCUUUUGUGAAUAUCAGUGGCCUGAUUGUCACCAUUUGCAGCAUUGCAUGCUAUAAUUAUCUGAAGGUCAAAAAGAUGCGAGAGGAGGAACGUGAAAAACUCCGCAAACGGGAUGAAGAUCGAGAAGAAGCAGAAGCAGCUUUUGACGACGAAGAUGAAACGAAUGACGGUAGAAGCAACACAGAAGCGAUGAAUGCAGAUACAGUGCCGCUCAUGCAAGACCAAGAGAGGAGACAAGCGUGA